CCGUAGAAGAAGAACAGUGAGGUGUUUGGUGCCAAAGGAGGCGUCUACGCUAACCUUCGUGCUUGCUUUCGCGAGUCGUUCCUGUUACCUACACGCAAACAAGCUUCUUUUUUUUGUUGCGGAAAUUCAAAAACUAUGUUUGCCGUCAGAAACGCUCUCCGUUUGGGCUCUCGGCUCUCCCUGUCAGCGGUGCAGAGGAGGGGAUGCGCGGCUGCUGGAAUCCCGAUGGACGAUGUGGUCAACGGACUCACCGAGGAGCAGAUUCAGCUCAGAACAACCGUGCGCAAGUUUGUUGUUGAGAAACUCGGCCCUCAGGCUGAUGAGAUUGACAAGAGCAACGAUUUUCCCGGGAUGCGGGACUUCUGGAAAGCAAUGGGUGACAUGGGGCUGCUUGGCAUCACUGCCCCAGUGGAAUAUGGAGGGACAGGACUGGGCUACCUGGAUCAUGUCAUCGUGAUGGAGGAAAUCUCAAGAGUUUCAGGAGCCAUCGCUCUCAGUUAUGGCGCUCACUCCAACCUCUGUGUCAAUCAGUUGGUGCGACACGCAAAUGAGGAGCAGAUGGAGAAGUACAUGCCCAAGUUGGUGUCUGGGGAACAUGUUGGUGCACUUGCCAUGAGUGAACCUAACUCUGGUUCUGACGUCGUGUCCAUGAGGCUCUCUGCCAAGAAAACAGGUGACUACUAUGUCUUAAAUGGAAACAAGUUUUGGAUCACAAACGGCCCUGAUGCCGACGUCCUGAUUGUCUACGCCAAAACCAACCCUGAAGCCCAUCAGAAAGGCAUCACAGCUUUUAUCAUUGAAAAGGGAAUGCCGGGUUUCUCCACAGCACAGAAGCUGGACAAACUGGGCAUGAGGGGAUCCAACACUUGCGAGCUAAUUUUUGAAGACUGCAAAGUGCCUGAGAAGAACGUCCUGGGUUCACUGAACAAAGGUGUUUACGUCAUGAUGAGUGGGCUCGACUUGGAGAGGCUCGUUCUGGCUGCCGGACCCCUUGGCAUCAUGCAGGCCGUCCUGGACUCAGCAGUGCCUUACCUUCAUGUCAGAGAAGCUUUCGGACAGAAAAUCGGACACUUUCAGCUGAUGCAAGGCAAGAUGGCCGACAUGUACACCAGACUGAACGCCUGUCGACAGUACACUUACAACGUGGCUCGUGCUUGUGACAAAGGACACGCCAAUUCUAUGGAUUGUGCCGGGGUGAUUUUGUACUGCGCCGAAAAUGCCACUCAGGUUGCCUUGGAUGGCAUCCAGUGUCUGGGCGGUAACGGCUACAUCAACGACUACCCUAUGGGACGGUACCUGCGGGACGCGAAGCUGUAUGAAAUCGGUGCCGGCACAAGUGAAAUCCGACGGAUGAUCAUUGGACGUUCCUUCAACUCGAUGUACAAGUCGAGUUAUGCCCGAGCAGGUGCUCAGACCGACAGCCUUACUCGAUCUCAGUCUCAACAGUAGACGUGUGGAAGCUAAGCGGCCUUCGCACCAUGUUGUUUCAUGGAAUAAAACAAUAGGAUUCUAAAGCUGUUUUCAUCCGGAGCACCAGCGAUUGUAUUCACUGAUGCCGGUUGUGUUGCUGCAAGAGGGUUUUUGAUGUCACCAAAUCAUCAUGCCGCUUAUCUGGACGGAUAAUGGUGUAAAUUGACUGGCAUCGAUGUUAGAAAAGUGGAGCUUCAAUUUCACUGGUGUUUUUAGCGGAGGGUGAUUGUUACUGGAUAUAAAAUGCAAGUGAUUUCACAGGUUUUUUUUUCCCCAAAUGAUAUUCAGAAUCCUGAGUACGAUCAACAUCCGCCAGUGUGUCUGAACAAGCUGUUGCUGAAGCUGAAUGUAGCUGCUCUCAGUCUAGUUCUUUCUUUGAUGUGACGUCUAUAUACUGACUUAUGACUUAUAGGUGUUUCCUAACCUGACUUUAAUGUCAAGUGCACAGAUGUAAAAUGUUUCUUUGAAAUAAACUCAUGUUUUGGUGA